CUCCUCCUCUCAGUACCAAUUCUUAAAAAAUCUCUUCUACUCCACCGUGCUUUCAAUCUCCUCCACGUUCUUGGAUUUCUGAGAAAACUUAGACUUUUUAAUUAUUACAAAUUUAUUUUCUUUUCUACCACCUCUUUUUUGUCCGCUAGACUUUAGCGGCUGACGAUGACAAUCGUCACCGUGACCUCCGAGGACUCGCGUCUGAUACAGGAGAUUGCAGAUGGUAUUGCGCGCUCCAAGAGGGCAGUCGUGAUUACAGGUGCUGGAAUAAGUACAAACUGUGGAAUCCCGGUAUGAUAACGCACGCGUCCAAAUACAUCUGUAGUUCGGAUAUAACUAAUUUUUGCUGAUGGUCAUCUUUUAGGAUUUCCGAUCCCAGGAGGGACUAUACAAUCUCGUCAAAUCUCGCUACCCGGAUAUUGUAGUUAAGGGAAAGGACCUUUUUGAUUCUGUGGUGUUCGGCAAUCCUGCCUCGAUUAAAGUUUUCUAUACCUUUAUUGCCCAACUCAGAGACUCCAUACUCGCGGUUGAGGAGACCAGUCCUACUCACAAGUUUAUUCGGGCCUUGUGUGAAAAUGGCCGCCUGUUGAGGUGCUAUACUCAGAAUAUCGAUGGGCUGGAGGAAAGGGAAGGAAUGACAACAAAUUUGGCCCUGGGAAAGGGGAAGCGAAAGAGGCCUAGUGCCGAAAACCCCGACAUACCAGACACAGAGGAGGAGAAGGGGUGCCAAGUUGUUCAACUUCAUGGAGACCUAAACCUGCUUCGGUGUAUGCAAUGUCAAGCUUUGUGCAAGUACGACAGGGUCAAGGUGGAGACUUUACGAGAUGGGGAGGCUCCUGAUUGUCCGGAUUGUGUUGGCAUGGAUAAAACGCGAAGACAGAGUGGGAAGCGAGGUACUCGAAUCGGUAGCCUAAGGGUAAGUUUCCUCCAUCGUUUAGAAUAGGCGCUGGUGCUAAACUCUCAUAGCCGAACAUUGUGCUUUACGGUGAAGAGCAUCCUCUUGCUGAAAAGAUUGGCACACUUGCAGCAGCCGACCUUCGCUCCAACCCAGACUGUUUGAUUAUUCUCGGAACAUCGCUCAAGGUUCAUGGGCUUAGGACUAUUGUCAAGGAAAUGGCACAAGCUGUGCACGCCCGUAAGGGCAAGGUUAUUUAUGUCAACAAAACUGCCGCGUCUUUCAGCAUAUGGAAGGAUGUUAUUGAUUUUCACGUCGAGAUGGACUGCGAUAGAUUUGUUAAACUUCUGAAGGGUAGCCAUCCAGAAAUCUGGAUGAAGCAAACGAAGGUCGACAAGCUGAUGAAGUUGGUACAUGUGAAGAAUGCUCCGGAAGAUAAGGAAAACCUCGCUGCCCGACCGAAAGCAAGAGCUAAGAGAACCGGGGUCCGAAAUCCCCUCAUACAAAAAGUGGCAAAUGGAGAAGCACAAAAGAAGAGGAAGGCGGGCCAUAUUGGUGGGAAGAUUAAGGAUCGACCAACACCUGUCAAAAAGACCAAGGUUAGGGAUACGAAGAAGGCUAGUUCGAAGAGUGAUUGCAAGAAGCCUGGCAAGGCCAAUGUUACGAAACCAGCCAGUCCAAGUGUUUCCGGAGCGGCAAAGGACAGUGAAGGUGGAGGACGCCCAGCUAAGAGGUUGAAGGUUGCUGGACCAAUGAGAAAGAGCAAAGUCGGCCCCACGGAUACCGAGGCCGGUGGUUUUGUCAUUGCUAAGGCUAAAUCACCAACUGUGAAAGGCAUCAAGGGCUCGAGAGCUAAAGGUUCGGGUGCAAGGCUGGUGGCGAAGGACGCGGGGGUUGCUGAAGGCACACCCGCCAAAAGGGCGGAGGAACCACACUCUAAUACGGGGGAUACGAGUGUUACGCAAGAUCCUCUUGUUGGAAGGCUCGGCUUGAAAUGUGUUUUUGUUGGGCCGAAAAAACCGGAAAGGAGUAACGAGGAUGGGGAGAAAGGGAACGUCUCAACAAAUAGGUCCAAGCGUUCUCGGCCUCGGGCUAUCAGGGAGACCAAAGUACAAGAUUCUAUUAAAGUCCAGGCUGAAGUCCUGGCUGUGGAUAAUACCAGAAUCACUCCGGGCACACCCCCCAGAAAGACUACACGUACGGGGCCAUAUACUAGGAGCGCAGGGCUGUCUACUAGAAGUAUGAAAGUUGAAGAGUGUGCCCCGAUCUCGACCUUUCGGGGUAGAGCUUUUCCUGCUAGCGGGGCUGAAGCCAAGGGCUUUCUAGGCGUGGAUUCUAAAAUCAGCUGCCAACCAAGCCCACCGACUACUUCAGGCUCUAGGAUAGAAAAGGGAUGUGUAUCAGAUCCUUUGUUUUUACCCGCAUUCGACCUCCCAUCGGUACCAUCUACCCCAUCGCGAAGCCACAAGUCCAGGUGGGAGAGUAUGCUGCCCUCUGUUCGGUUGAAUACUCCGGAACCGUCAUGCUCUCCGCCACCGAGCGCCGAGUUUUCUGUGGAGAUAGUCUCUCCAAAGAAGAAGAAUCACUUUCUGGAUCGUGUGAAGGCACUUGAGAAGGAACCGAAGGAGAGCCUCGACACUCGGGGACCAAACCUCAGACGCAGUUCUAGGGCUAAACGGAACACAAUUCUUUAAAAGGCUUUUUUUUUUGUAUAAUCAAGAGCUCUUUGUGAGAGCUCCUGUUUUUCUUCCCUCAUGAUUAUACCUUCUGUACAGUAUUUUUUUUUUCUUCUUCUCCCCCUUUCGCCGCGGAGGUACUUUCAUGUAGGGAUGACACGGCGUUUUCAGCGGUCUAUACUAUACCUUGUUUAUAUUCUUUUUUUUUGAUUCUUUUUUUUUUCUAUGUUGCCGGUCGACGGCGUGUGGCGUCGGUAUGAUUUGGCAUUAUAUGAAAAGUAGAAGGGAAGUCGGGUUAUGUGUACUGUACCGGUAGAUAAUUCAUUAAACCAACGAACAGGAGAGUCAAGUGGCCCUGUUCGGCACGCUAGAAAAAUGUCAUUUUUCUAACUUUUCUG